AUGUCCGAGUUGAUGCCUCUGGUUGGUACAGGCUGGUGCUCGGUCGUGCAACAGGGUGCAGUCUCGAUCUGGCUACGGGGGCUCUGUUCUGAGAUGGUUCUGUACGACGGUGUUGAACCCUAUACCAUGCCGACGCGACUUAGAGACAAGUCACAGAGGUCGGAGGAGUUCAUCCUGCCGGAGCAGCUGACGAAAGACUUCGAAGACUCGCUCGCGCUAGGCUCUGGCGCCGUGCGGAGUCAAUACGAUCGCGAUGUCCGUCGCUUUGGCGAGACAUAUGCUCGAGGCGACGCUAUUGCCCGGGAACAGAUGAAGGACAUUCUCAUUCACCUUCAGCAAGACGUCAUCUCACACCUGCGAGAAGUGUUCAUGGACGAAGCGGCUCUAGACCUCCACAUGCUGAAGGAGACGUCGGACGACUGCCAAGUCAAUGCGACGGUAUGCUUGGGUCAGCUCUAUCAGCGCAUGUCUACGGCUACGGCGGUAAUGAAACAAAUGGCGCGUCCGUAUAUCGACGAGCCAGACAAGGUCCAACUCCCGGGUUCGCUGGCCUAUUCAAGCAGCCGCAGCACGCACUCCUCGUUUGGCGGACGACCCUAUGAUCUUCAGUCGACUGGAUCGUAUACGACCUAUAGCUCACGAACGGCUAUAGGCCAUGACCACAAGGUAUCCGGCGGCUUGACGCCCCAACGCAGGAUCUCUAUGAACUCGACACACUCUUAUUCAAGCGAACCUCCGAAGAUCCGUACGCCAGGUGAAGACAACGUGCCGGCUCUCCCUUUUGCUGCGCAGCGACAGCCCAGCCAGGGUGCUGUGCACACCAUCUCCGAUCCUUUGAGACAAUAUUACCGACCAGAAGAGCGCGUGCCUUCACCCAAUGCUGGGCCUCCACCUUACCAGCAGGAUCUACUGAGACCCGUCUACGCCACUGACGACAAGGGACAAAGGUUUCCUCCCGACUCAAGCUUUUAUCAACCGCCACCAGUAGAUGUGCACAAGCACGUGCCACAAAGUCCUCCACAACAGCCCAGCCCACGGCUAGUCGCCGAGAUGAAUCAGUCAGGCGCAACAACCCCAGCACGAUCGCAUGAGCUAGAUACUGGGCCACCAGCCGACCGACAAGCCGAAGAAGAGAAGGAGGCGACAACACCGAGCUUCCCUCCUCAAAGUCCUCCGUUGAGUCAACGCCAGGCUGUCCCCGUGAAUCCAGACUACCCCACGCUGGAGUUUGUUGCAACAACAAACUCUCGGGGGCGACCACCUCCCCCCUCAAUACCCACCAUACCGGAGAACCAAUAUCAGCAGUUCUUGCACCAACUACCUCCGCAACUGCAGCAACAAGUUCAGCAAUCCAUGCCGGUCUCAUAUCAACAUCAACAGCAGGCAGUGGCAAGGCAGCCGAUCCUAAACUCUCCCAUCUCGCGACCGCAGACCAGCAACACAGAGGCAGAAGCCCUGCCCGCGCCGACGGACCCUCUCUUUCACCAAAGGGUUCCUCCGAUCCCUUCGGUUCCCCGGCCACUCUCGAUACGAUCGACGAGCUCGACCGGGUCCAAAAUUGCAUCAUUUGCAAUCCGGAAAGGGCUCCCGCCUGGGAUCGCCGACGCGAUACACAAACCUUCCCCAGGAGCGCUCGAUGCCCAGUUCAACGGCCAGCCUCGCUAUGUCAGACCGAAGCCGCUCGAGUUCAGCAACAGUAGGGAAGGAUCGCAGGUGGUUAGCCCGACUUCUCCGAUAGCGCAACAAAUAGAUAGCAUGCUAGAGGGCAUGACGACGAAAUCGGCAUCAGCGUCGGUAUCGACCGCAGACAAUGGAUCCUUGGAAGCAAAGAUGCGAGUUUCCGGAGUACCGAUCAUCUCGCCAGAGCUGCAAAUAUCUCGAUCACAGCUCAACAUACCAAGCGAGUCGAACCUAGCAGGGUUCUGCAAAGGCGCAGUGCGACAACAACUCGGGGCCCGGAAGAAGGGCUUUACCCUCGAACACAAGAGAGGCCUCAAGGGACACGAGUAUUUCUGGCGGUGCAGCAAAUGCAACUUUGAAGGGCCGGCGGCCGUGUCCAAAGCACUGCCCAGCGGCGGCCGGGGCUCAGCCAAGGUGGAGAAGACAUUGGAUACGACAGUCCGGGGCUCGGCAGGCGGCGUCAGGUACCGGUGGAACCUCCUUGCGAAGAGUCACGUGUCCAAGAAAUUGACGAUCGGCGAUGCGCUCAACAGCGGCGACAUCUUCGCGUGCUAUUUCUGUUGCGCCGAGGGAGCGGCCAAGGGCUGGCUCGACAAUGGUGUGACGACCCAGCUCGCCAACCUGGGCGUUUUCGGCGAGAAGAAAGCGACGGCGGUCAACGUAACGCCCACGUUCUAUGGGCUGGACGCAUUCUUGGCACAUCUGGAAACACAUCGACUGCCGCAUCGCACGCCGGGCUUGAUUGUGGCGAAUGAAAUGAACUGCAUCAUCGGGAGAAUUGCGCUUGACCACGAGGAUUUCGAUCUCAAUCUGCCGCCGUGA